AUGCGGAAAGUUGUUGUUGUUGAUGGAACAUUUCUGAAGGGUGAAUACAAAGGGACUCUAGUCAUAGCAACAACACAAGAUGGGAAUUUUGAUAUAUUUCCUUUGGCCUAUGCGGUUGUUGAUACAGAGAACGACGAGUCUUGGGAAUGGUUCUUCACACAAUUGAGUUGUGUAAUUCCUGAUGAUGAAGGUCUUGCACUGAUAUCUGACCGUCAUAAAUCUAUAGGUAAAACUAUCGGUAAAAUAUACCCUAGGGCCAGUCGUGGAAUCUGCACUUAUCAUCUUCACAGGAAUAUUAUUCAGAGGUUUAGCGGAAGUGAAACAUUCCGGCUCGUAAAAAAAGCAGCUGCAGCCUACCGUGUAGUUGAUUUCAAUCAAUACUUCCAGCAAAUUCAAGAAGCGAAUCCGCAACUGCAUGCUUACUUGGUGCAUGCAUACUUGGUGCAUGCAGAUGUAUGCAAGUGGAGCAGGGCUCAGUUUCCUGGUGAUAGGUACAACUUCACUACGAGCAACAUUGCAGGAUCGAUAAAUAAAGUACUGAGUCCCGCGAGAGCGUAUCCAAUUGUGGAGUUACUAGAAGCGGUUUGGAAUAUGUUGACACGUUGGUUUGCCAGUAGGAGAAAACAAGCUGCCGGAAUCCCAACUGUACUCACGAAAGGAGUGGAGAACCUGUUAGAGGAAUGUAUUGAAGAGGCAAGGCAUCUAAAUGUCCAAGAAAUAGAUAAACAUCAAUUUCAAGUAAGUGGAGGUACCUCAAUGCAUGUCGUCAAUCUUAAAUAUAAAAGGUGUUCAUGUAGGCGUUUUGAUCUGGAGAGGAUUCCAUGCGUACAUGCCAUUGCAGCCGCCGAGAAGGCUAACCUAUCUCGUAUACACCAGUGUCAUCAAUACUUUCGCAAAGACUACCUCUGCCGUGGUUAUGAGAAUUCGAUAAUGCCUAGUGAUGAGUCCUGCAUCGUUCCUACUAAAGAUAGAGAGUACAAAUGUAAACUGCCUUUCGUAAGGAAUCCUCCAAGAAGGCCAAAGAUGUCCAUAAUGAAGUCUUUCCACGAGGUGGCGUUUGAGAUGAAACGGCCCCGUAAACAGCAUGCUUGUUCUCAAUGUCAACAUGUUGUCCACAACCGUACAACAUGUCCAGGUAAUAUGUAA